AAAUUAGGCGAAUGUCAAUCUCAUCUUCCUCAAGGGUGGCCGUGCAUCCUCGUUCCCGGAUUGCCUCCAUCCUGCCCGUAUUCGAACUAUCUUUCAGAUCACCCGCGGCUACCCAGUGAAGAUGUAGUGUCAGUGACGCCCGAAACGGAUUACGAACAAAAAGUGCAGUUCGAGAUAUUCGAGCUUUUCUGUCAUCAACUGCAGAACUAUUAACCGGAUAUCACACUCGAAUAUUCUCAGGAAAUUGAGGUGCAUGUCGGCCCCGGAACCAUUUUUAUGACGUACAGACUGCUUACGGGCUCACAGUACGGACGAUGACAGUCAACGAUGGAGAUGAGAAAUUAUCAAUUUUCGGCGAGCAAAACCCGAGCCACGAAUUCGACAAGGCUUUGGAAUCGAUCAAUCGGAACAAGAAGGUAUGGCUCUUCACUUUCUUCCUCCUCGUUUCGAUGCCGGGAAUCCUCAACUCCAUCCAUAUCUCGGUGUACGUCUUCUUCACGGGCACACCGGAACACUGGUGCACCAUACCCCAACUCGAAAAUGCCGGUUGGACUCCCGCCGAGAUUAGAAAUUUCACGGUUCCCAGAGAUUCAAAAGACAUAUUACGGAGCUGUGGCUACUAUGAUUGGAACUACACAGAGAUAGCAGCGAUGGGCUACAAUGCUGCAAGUGCUAUGAUUGCACCUCUACCACCUGUCAAACAAUGCUUAAAACGAUCAUUCCUGGAUUCAGAAAAAGGAAAAUCCAUAGAAUCCGAAUGGGAUUUAGUAUGCGAUAGAGCAGUAUUAAAACCAUCCGUGCAAGGGAUUUUUGCAGUGGGAAAAUUUUUCGGAGCUCUGUUCUUCGGUUGCGUGGCAGACAAGUAUGGUCGGAAGACAAGCUUUUUCUGGGCUAGCUGCGUGUACCUCGUGGCGAUACCGGCUUCGUCACUCACUCACUCAUUCGCGAUGUUCCUGUUGUCUCGUCUGGCCAUAGGCAUGGCUGGAUCGGGAGCUUACGAGUCGGUUUUCACUAUUUUGACAGAGACGACCACAGGUAAUGCCCGAACGAUGAUGGGGACAUUGACAAACGUCUCAUACCCAAUCGGGAUGAUUAUUUUAGCAACUGUUGCCUAUUUCAACAGAUAUUGGAGGACGCUCCAGCUGUACCUGUCCGCCUUUAUGUUUCUGCUGAUAGUGGACUGUUGGUUUGUCAAAGAGUCACCAAAAUGGCUUUUUGCCGAAGGCCGAGAAGAGGAGGCAUGGGCCAUUUUAAAGAAAAUCGACGACACGAUAGACGUUCCAAAGAAACGAAGAGACUCGCGAACAUCGCAUAAAAAAAAGGCAGAUCACAUACCGUGGUACGAGCAUGUUUUGGACUUAAUAAAAAAAUUCACAUCACUUUUUUCGGAAGCUGAGCUUUGCGUGCGAAUCCUCGUCUGCUAUUUCGCCUGGACAGUCAGUGCGCUUGCUUACUAUCUGGUCGCUUUGAGUGGUGACAAUUUUGCAGCGAACAAAUAUUUAUUCAUUGCCUUGAACGGAGUUUGUGAAGUUCCUUCAUAUUUUCUACCCAUUCCACUUCUACGACUUUAUGGACGAAAAGCCACAGCGAUGAUGUUGUAUUUCUGUUCUGGAAUGGCUCAACUGUCCAUCCUCUUUUUUAACCGAAGUCAAGUCAACUGGGUGACAGCGGUUGCACUAUUCGGUCGCUUUACAGGGAGCGCAGUUUUCGGCUCUCUCAUCUUGCAAACGACCGAACUUUUCCCGACGGCUCAGCGAAACUCGGCCGUGGGAUCCAGUCUAAUGAUCGCUCAAGUUGGAUCUUUCGUAGCUCCGUUCUUGGUCGCAUCAGUGGGUGUGGAAAGGUGGUAUGUUCCUAGUGUCAUCUGUGGAGUUUUGUCUCUUUGCUGCGGGAUUUUGUUUUGCAUUAUCCCGGAAACAACUGGUAAACCUCUGUACAAUACUAGUAAGGAAAUCCCUCCUGAGGAUAAGGUCAGUUUUGCCCAAUGCUGUCGAUUUAAAUAAAACAACUUCCAACAAUUACCAAAAAA